AUGACUUUGUUUCAAGAUUCGGAAAGAACAGAUGAUUCUCAGUGUCGUGAAAAGGAAUUCAGAACUGAGUCACUUUUGUGUCGCCUGAAAUACCAAAAUAAUCUGCCUGAACUUCCAUUCGAUCCCAAAUUUUUAGCAUUUCCACUCGAACCGUCCAGGUUAGAUGAUUAUUACUACAUGUCAGGAGAGGUUCGUUCUGAUAUAACAUAUCAUUAUGCUGUAAUAGCUACCCUUCAUCCGGAUGAUGAACGACUCUUAGAGGAUGAAGCUCCGUCCGUUAACGCUCGGAAAUCUAGACAUCAGAAAUCAGUCUCCUGGCUGAGGAAAACAGAAUAUAUUUCUACUGAGCUUUAUAAUCGCUGGAACAAAUCCGAAAAAGUUGAAUCACGGCUUGGAUAUAAUGUGAAACGACAUCUCAAUGAAGAGAUAGUUUACCGUGAUCGUGAGAGCCAGAUAAAUGCCAUCGAAGAAACCUUUAGAGCUGCUAGGAAACCUAUACACAAACAUUACAGUAAGCCGAACGUUCAUGCUGUAGAGGUUCUACCUGUUCUUCCUGAUUUCACACUAUGGAGGUAUCCAUGCGCUCAAGUUAUUUUCGAUGAUGACCCUUCUCGUAAAAGCAAGACUACUUCUGAGCAGAAGGAGGAAGUGAGUCAAGCGAUGAUUCGUGGUAUGGUGGACGAAUCCGGUGACCAUUUUGUAGCUUUCUUUCUGCCUACUGAACAAACUAAACAAUUACGUCGUUUUGAUACGGAAAAUCAGAUGCCAUUUACAGAAGGUGCUGCUUAUGAAUACGAACUCACGCGCGAGUACAACUGGAAUGUUAAGAACAAAACUAUGGCCAACUAUGAAGAGAAUUAUUUUUUCUGUUUUCGUAAAGAUGGAGUUUACUAUAACGAAUUAGAAACUCGAGUUCGUCUUAGUAAACGGCGUAAAUUAAAUCAAUCUGGAACUAAUGUGGGCACUUUGCAGAAUCCAAAAACUCGUCUAGUUGUUCAUCAUCGGGAUUUCACUGAUGAAGAACUAAAGGCUCAAACAGAUCGAUUAUACAUGCUUGAACAUGACAUUGAGGGUGAUGAAGAAGAUGACGAAGAGAAUCCAGAUGCCGAUGAAAAUGCUGAUGAGGAAGCGAUGGAUGAUAGAGAAUUAAAUAGUCAUCGGAGUAAUUAUAAAGGAAGUGGCAAUGAUGAUGAAGUCAGUGACGAUCAAAAUACUGAGGCUGGUGAAGAAACUGAGAAAGAAGCGGAGGAAGAGGAAGAGGAAGAAGAAGAGGAGGAGGAUGAAAAAAUAGAGGACCAAAAACGCGUUCUUUCAAGAUAUUCAACUCGGCAUAAAACUUAUCAGUCCGAUGAAGACAGUGAACUAAGUGGUCUAAGCGACUAG